AGGGAAGAAAGAAACAUCAAACAUCAAAAGUAGAGCUUAACAGCACAAAAAAGAGAAGAUUAAGGAGCCUGAAAAUUCGAGAACCAUAGAUGGAGAUACGAUUCCUGAGGUGAGUUUGCCAGUUGUAUGUUUUUAUCUUCAUUGUCCAAACCUAUAAGUCGCCUCCUCAUAAGGAGCUGUACCUCCUUCUUUAGUCUGUCUACGGUCAAGAAGGAUGAAGAAUGCAGUCGAGUGUUUCGCUGCGACCAGAUGUAGUAGAGCAAUGCCUGGAAGAUAUAUGCCCGGCUAUAUAUCUUCCCUAGAAGAGAAAAAAGAUUCGAUCUAAACGAUUGCCGAUUGCGGAUUUUGCUCCUCGGAUAGGUUCCAUCGUUCUCUCUAGCGUCUCAUAUUCGAUAAGAAGCGAGAGAGGUGGGUCAUUUAACCUUCCGUGUUCAUCUUGAUUUAUGACCUAAGUUUUCCAAAUUCUGAAUUUGAGUUUGAUUGUUUUUUGUUAGGGUUUUAAUGUCCUGCAUGAAGUCAGCGGCGAAGACAGAAGCGGAGGCAGGGGCAAAGGGUGUUGCACCAACUCAGGUCUGGUGGGACAUAAACAGGUGUCCGCUUCCCGAUGACGUUGAUGUAGGUCGGGUCCGUCCGUGUAUAAAACGGGCGUUGGAGGAGAAAUUAGGCUACUCUGGUCCUCUCACCAUCACUGCCAUUGGCAUACUAACAGACGUCGCUCCCAACUUGUUGAAAGAAGUCUAUUCCUCUAGAAUCGGUCUUUGUCACGUCCGCCGUGCGUCGAUACAAUUGUUCGGUCAAUAUCUCCAGAAGCCCCCUCCGCUUCCACUUCCAAUUCCAUCUCGGAAUGCUUACUGGCAGUACUCGUUACCAGCUUUCCAUUGCACUAUCGAACUGACAAUUCAGAUCAGCCAUUUGGCCGGAAUUUGGCCGGAAAGUCGCCGGAAAGUCACUGUCCCAAAACCUGUAAUUUUCUUAAACUUGUUUCUGAAAAUUCAGUUCCAACAUAGUGAAACGGGUGAAUCUGCCUUGUAUUGUGAGCAAUGCAGUGUUGCUCUCCAAGGCAUUGAAAAUUUCAACACCCACCUCAAGAGUAGAGAACAUUUACAUAAUGCAUGUUAGCAU